CGAAGGCAGAUAGAACGAGUAGCAUGCAUAUGAGAUAUGAGUUGCAAGUUGCAAACAAACAUUCAGUUCUUUUCUUUCGCCUUUCGCCUUUCGCUUUUCGCUUUUCAGUGAUUUUCAGUGAUUUUCAGUAUUUCAGUGGUAGUAGUAGCAGUAGUGGGGUAACCACAUGGUACAGACAACAUAUUACACAUCACACAUCACUUAUAAAAAUAGUCCAAUAUUUACGCAGUUUACAAAAAAUUUCAAUUCCGUUGAUGAUAAAUAUUUUUAUUUUUUUAAAUAAAUUAAAUUGACAAACUUUACGUGUGUGACUAACGUUUUAUAAUAUCUAGACAGACAAAGAACAAUAUUUUUAACUCUAGUACAGUGAAAAUAGAACAUAAACUUGACUAUAUUAUAAAAGGAUUGAGUGAUGAAAUAUUAAUAUUAUUUUUAAUUUAUUAAAAAAAAAGAAAAUAAUAAUAAUAAUUAGUUUGCAUAUUUAAGUAAGCUUAAUAAGAGUACUUAUAAAUAAUAAAAAUAGAGAGUGAUAGUGAUCUGUUAGCCGCUGUUGAACAAGGGUGUUAUUUAACUAGCUUGGAAAAAUAAUAAAUAACAAAUAAUAUAACGCAGUUAUUGGUGACGAGGAAUUAAAAAUAAUUAAGUUUGUUCAGCGAAAAAAAGAAAAAAAAUAGUCAAAGGGGUGAAUGUUAAUUUUUCAUCAGCAAUAAAACGAGCUGCCCAUCACGGCGACAAUAAUAUUGUAGUAUAUUACUUAUAUUGUACAUUUAAUAUAAAUCGUUUUUGUGAUAAACUCCAAAAGAAUUAAUUUAAAUAAUUGUUUGUUUACUUAUGUAUAUAAUAUAAUAUAUACAUAUAAACCAAUAGAAUUAUGGAAAAAUUAUUAAAAACAGUAGGAUCGUGUUUCAAGUGGAUCAAACAACUGCCUGAGGUUAAAAAUUUUAUGGGUGACGAAAAAUCCUUGGAUAGUCCUGAUAAUCACCAGCAAUGUCGAAAGAAAAAUUCAACUUGCCAUGAUUUAGAAACUUCAAAAAAAAUUUUUACUAUUAUUGAGAGUAUAUUAUUGUGGGAAAACACUUUCAACAGUAUAGCUGUUGUUGCUGUUUUUAAUAUACUAUUUUGGGGCAUUGUAGUGCUGGAAAUUCGUGGCUUUGCAGCAGCCAGCAGUGCUGCAUUGGUUGCCGUUCUCAGCUAUAGCACUCUAGAAGCACAAGUAGAAAAAGAUCAGCUAAAUAAAUCACUAUCUAAUUCUACAAUACCAACGCAGCAGCGGGCAGAAUGUAUUGAAAAAAUAAUUAGCAAAAUUAAAUCAGGAUUUGAAAUGUUGAUGCUGCUAAGAAAGAAUCAACCAGGAGGGUUUUGCAUUGGAGUUUGUACUGCAUCUAUUAUACUGUGGUUAAUAAGCGGUGCUGUUAAUGGAGUUGUUAUGUUUUAUAUAAUUUGUAUGAGCAUUCUAUUGGGACCCGCUUUAUUUGUAAAAAUACCAAAAAAAAUGUUUACACCAAAAGAAUGGGAAAGUGAAAUAGAUGAGUUUUUGCCGGUUGUUACGGAAGAUAAUUUACAACUUUUAAAUAGAGCGGGAGAAACUGGUGAUCAUUCUCCUACGCCACCCAGUGGAUCAUCAUCAGAUAAUCUAAUAGAUCCGUUCAAUGACAAUGAACUUAUCGGAUUAAAAAUGCCGUCUCAUGAAGAUGGCAGCACCGAUGGACUUGAGCUUUCGGAGUUGGAGUUGAGUGCCGGUGAAACUGACGUAGAUGGAUUAAAAAUUCAAAGUCGACACUUUGAAAAAGGAUCUUCGUCGGAGGAUGACGAAGAACUUGAACUUAAAUCCAAAGAUUUAUCUAGUGAUAGUGAUGAAGGGAGUGAUGAAAGUGAGUUUGAAGUUAUCGAUAGUCAUGAAAUAAACAAUACUGGCAAUGUUUAAAUUUUUUUAAUCUCAUUUAUAAGAAAAAUAUUGUGUAUUGUAAAAAACAAAGAAAAAAUAAUGACUGACGGUACUUACUUAAAUUAUUUAUAAUAUAUA